GCUACCCGGAAGUAAGGAAAAGAAAACUGCCGUUUCUCUCUGUGAUUUCGUGUCGUUAUCUGAAAGAUGAGCCGAGCUAAGCCAGAAGAUGAUGAAUACUGGAACAGCUCCAAGUUUAAAGCUUUCACCUUCGACGACGAUGAUGAUGAAUUCACUAAGUUAAAAGAAUCCAAGCGUGCAGUGAACAGCAUCCCGGUCGAUGAUGAUGAUGAUGAUGAUGAUGUUGAGAAGGUCAGCUGGACCGGAGAGCCUGUUGGAAGUAUCUCCUGGUCUGUCAAAGAGACGGCGUCCAGCAUCCGCUCAGGUGGAGAACAGAGCUUCCCCAAAAUUAACACAGCCCCUUCGUUACCCAAACAAGGCUCUGGAUACUCCUUAAGUUCUUUGUUUAGAGCAAAGAGCAAGCCUUCGUUUUCUGAAUCUUUCAUUGACACGUCUGUUAAAGUAUACGCGCCAGAGUUACGCAGACCAAAGGCGGAGUCUCACGACUAUGUGAGUGAUCGGAGCCCUGAAGAGACUAUAAGGCGGAUGCGGAAAGGAAAGGCGUUUUCCCUGGAAAAGUUCCGCUCCCUACAGGACAAGCUGCUGCUGCUGGAUGAGGCGGUGAGCGCUCACGACGGUAACGUCAUCACUGCAGUCUUAAUAUAUUUAAAGAAAUCCUUAAGUAAAGACAUCCUCUUUCGAGAGUUACUGCUAAGGGAGAUCGCUUUGCGGCAUUUUAUUCAUUAUCUGAAAGAAAUGGGAGAGCAGGCGCUGUUGGUGGAGUUAAUGAAGGCACUUGGCAGAUCAGAGGAUAUGGCGUUAAUGCAGUACAAGACACAUUUGAAUAUUAAAGAUGCAGGAGAAAGGAGAGACUUCCUUAAAAAAUCUCUCAGCCUUCCUUUUUCUCAGGAUGAUGCCACUCAUGUGCAAGACCACUACACCCUCCUGGAGAGACAGAUCAUCAUAGAGGCGAAUGACAGGAAGGGUGAAGCAGAGAUUUUUAAGAAGUUCCCCAGAAAAGCGUCCAUCUUAAACAUGCCCCUUAUCACCACUCUGUACUACGCCUGCUUCUACCAUUAUGGAGAGCCCGAGGGAACUUUCAGCAGUCCAGCUAACAUCAGAAAAACCUUCAGGAUUUCAGAAAAGCAGUACAUCCUCACAGCACUUGGAGCUCGGGCCAAGUUAAAAAGCUGGUUUGACGUAGACAGUUUAUUCAACACCAAGACCUGGCUGGGUUACACUAAGAAAAGAUCUCCCAUUGGCUUUCACAGAGUGGUGGAUAUCCUGCACAAGAACAGCGCUCCUGUUCAGGUGUUGAAAGAUUAUGUGACUCUGAUUGAUGACUCAGAACUAAAGCUCAGUUUGGCUCAGAAGUAUAAAUGCCAUGACGUUGUCAUCGACACAUACAAAGACAUGAAGGACCGUCAGCAGCUGAUUGUGUACCAAGGUAAAGUGGAGCGAGGCUCACACGAGUACAGAAAGAUUGAGGAGCUCCUUAAUAACACGCAAAUCCGAUGGAAGAACUGACCUUUGGCGAGAAGACAAGAUGUUUUAUACAGACAUGUUAAUAUGAUCUCGGUCAGAGACUUGAGCUUAUGACGCCGGUGAUUCAGAGGAGCUUCACAGGGAAGGUUGUUACAGUACUGACUUCACAGACCUGCCUGAGAGCAGUCUCAGAUUCAGGCCUUGGCCAAAUGAAGCCUAUUAACCUGGUCAUAUCAACUACAACAUGCCUCAUUUUGCCUUGCCCUUAUCAUUUUUCCAUUUCCGUUUUGGGUGUAGAGGUGCCAUGUGUCGUUUCACCAACAAAAGCUGAACUUGGACCUUUACAAAUCUACAAACAUAAAAUUAAUCUACCAAUCUGUCUAUAAGUUAUGUUCUGAAGUUUUUUAUGCAUAUAGGGUGAGUCAAAAAUGAUCCAUACUCCAGUUAUAUUAAAACUUCUCCACCCUGUCUUAAUCACUUUCAGUUCAAGAAUUUUCUCCUUCCAGUCACUGCGGUGCAGGUGUGAAUGUGUUACAUCUGUGCAUCUGUAACAGCAGUGUGAACUAAAACAGAUGCUGCACUUGUGAUUUGCCUGAAAGGAAAGCAGUGUCAAGUGAAUUGUUUUUGUGAUCUGAGAGUACAGAAUGAUGAUCAAUACUCUAAGGAAGGUAAAGGUUUCUUAAAGAGAAUUAUUACUGGUAAUGAGACAUGGAUUCAUCACUACAAGCCUGAGAGUAAGCGGCAGAGUAUGGAAUAGGAGCAUCCUGAAACGCCGACCAAGAAAAAGUUAAAAAGUCAAUCAUCAGCUAGAAAAUUAGUGCUUACAGUUUUCUGGGAUUCUCAAGGGCCAGUAUUUGAACAUAUCAGCAAAAAAGGUUCAACAAUCAACAGUGCUCAUUACAGUGAGAUGCUUAUUGAAGAGCUGAGGCCUAAAGCUCAGAUUAAACGCAGAGAACAGAUAUUCAAGGGUGUUGUGAUCUUGCCUGACAAUGCAUGUCUGCACACUUCUGCCCACACUGUGACUCUUCAUUUAUAGGUGUUAAAGCAUCCUUCUCAUACAUCUGAUCUUGCUACGAGGAUGAAGAUCCACUCCUGAAGUGAAGAUAGCAGUGACUCGCAGCUCAGCCUUUAACAUUUUUGAUUAAGGAAUAUGAAAACUUGUUGAUGGACAAAGUGGACCAUACAAAUGGGCAAAGUGUAUUGAAAAGCAAGGAAAUUAUAUAUUUGGUUAUUUUAAAAAAGUUCUACAGCCAGAGAGCGGUUUGACUCACCUUUGUAUAUAAAAAAGAAACUUCAAUUAUUUAAUAAAAAUCUUUUAAAACUGCCA